AUGCUACCAGUUGGCCUAUCGGGAUAUACCAACGAUCCCGUCAGAAUCGAGCUUGGAUCUGGCGAAUUGCGUUGGUCUUAUUAUUUGCAACUUUAUCCUUUUCCUUUGGAAGUGCUGUACUUUCAUAUGCUGGCCAAUAAGCUGCCCACCCGCGGCCUCCAGCGCCGCGGAACCUGCUCCAACAACCCCGCUACCGAGAGCGAAUACAACACCCCCCUCCACGUCGGGAGCCUGCUAAUCAUCCUGUUCAUCUCCUCCUUGGCCUGCUCAUUCCCACUCAUGUCCGUCAAAUUUAGCUUCCUCCGCAUCCCGUCCUGGUUCCUCUUUCUCGUCCGCCACUUCGGCACAGGCGUCCUGAUCGCAACAGCCUUUGUCCAUCUAUUACCUACCGCUUUCAGCUCGUUGAAUGACCCCUGUCUGUCCCGUUUCUGGACACAUGACUACCAACCCAUUCCAGGCGCGAUCGCGAUGGCUGCUUUGUUCCUGGUGACGGUUGUGGAGAUGGUAUUCAGUCCUGGGAGGCAUUGUUGUGGCAAUGCAGGGAAUACGAAUAUUUACACCAAGGGCGGCAUGGGGGAUGGGCGUGGGAGUUGUGCUGCUCGCAGCGAUUCUCAACAGGACAGUCGUCUGGAGAAGCUGAGGACCGAUGCGACUGGUGUGAAUGCCUUGAUGCGCCGGGAGCGGCCGCUAAGUGGCAAUUCGAGUAGUCUUGGUCGUGAGUUAGCGCAUUUUAAUGCAGACCUUGUGGAGAUGGAACGGAUGCAGACAGUGGAUCGAGGAGAACCACCGAUGGUGGAGAAUGGCAAGACCGUUACGGAUGACAACAAGGUGCUGAGUGAUGAUGACGAAUCCUCGAUUCAGCUGACGCCGGAGCAGCGGCAUAAGAAGGCUGUGCUGCAGUGUAUGUUGUUGGAGAUGGGGAUUUUGUUUCACAGUGUUUUUAUUGGGAUGGCGUUGGCGGUGUCCGUCGGGAGCGAUUUCAUAAUUUUGUUAAUCGCUAUUUCAUUUCAUCGUAUGUCUCCCCUCCCCCUGCCUCCUUCACUCCGUAUCCCUUUCUUCACCAUACCCCUUCAAAACAAGACCGGAUUGGUUUUUGGGAGGAUCCGAAACGAGACUAAUGAAAUUGCAGAAACUUUCGAGGGCCUGGCGCUCGGCUCGCGCAUAGCGGCGAUUGACUGGAGCCAUAAGAAAUCGCAACCAUGGCUCAUGGCUCUUGCAUAUGGCUGCACAACACCCCUGGGCCAAGCAAUCGGCCUGGCAACACACACCCUCUACGAUCCGAACUCAGAAGUCGGCCUGAUAAUGGUCGGCGUCAUGAACGCUAUCUCAUCCGGUCUGCUUCUUUUCGCAUCACUGAGAUUCUUAAGAUCUGCUGCUGGCUAUGACGAGCAGUUACCUUCAGACAUCAGGACUCCAAAAACCCUCCUCCAAACGAUGAAUUAUCUUCUACGAUAUGUUGUAGAAGAUGACGAAACUCUAGCUACCACUCACAAAUUUCUCUGGGAUCGCACACGCUCAAUUCGCAAUGAUUUAUCUAUUCAACAACUUACUCAAGCCCAAGAUGUCUCAAUUGCAGUGAAGUGCCUUGAACGAAUUGCCAGGUUCCACAUCGUAGCUCUCCAUCUCCUGUCCAGUCCUGAAAACUCGGAACCCUUUGAUCACCACCAAGAACGAGAGCAGCUAAAUAAUACCUUAUUAUCCCUCCUAUACUACUACGAUGACAACCGAAAUUUGAUCAAGUUUCCCAACGAGGACGAGUUUCGAGCCUAUUACAUUGUGUUCUCCAUACACGACCAGCGGCCCGAUCUCGAAGCUCGAGUACAAAACUGGCCUCGGGAACUGUUACGGUCACCUCGGGUUCAGGUUGCACUUGAAUUGUUUGCUGCAGCUGGGAAUACUUGGGAAUACCAAGGCACCUUGGAUGCGAAAAGGCCGAACGCAAUUGCCCAAGGCCUCUAUGCGCGUUUCUUCCGCCUUAUUCAGUCUCCUAGCGUCCCGUAUCUCUUAGCGUGUAUUGCAGAAAUAUAUUUUAACCAGGUCCGGCAAACGACAAUCCGAUCGAUAUGGAAAGCGUAUUGUCGACACCCUAUUUCCCAACAACACAAGAACCAAGAGUGGACUGUUGACGAGCUUACUGGAACACUGGCAUUUGACGAUAACAAUCAAACCAUUGAUUUUUGCGAGGAACAAGGGUUCCAGUUUGCGACGAAUGCUGACGGGCAGAUGUAUCUAAAUUGGGGCCAAUUUCCGCUUGAUUCUGUCGCCUUCCAGCCAUCCUCCCAACAAACAUUUUCAUACGAGUACGUCGAAUCUAAGCGUUGUAAUAUGGAGUCAGAUGGACUGUUUGUUAGUGAUCAUGAAGAUGAAAUUCAAACGCAUGAUGCAACGAGCUGGCAGUCGGAUAAAGGAACUAUCGGAACUUUUCAAGCCUACGUUAUUCAUUCCCCCAGCGUUGCCGAACCAGUGUCCGCCACGAAUGAGUUGGCUCAAGUGGCCCGCAGAGGAUCGUUUCUCGCCUAUUGUUUCAUCUACGCAUCAAACUCGCUCAGCCUAUUCUGCACCUGA